AUGGCUUUUAGACAACCUACAUAUCACGCCCCUCCUCGAAUAUUUACGCAACCGAAUCGAGAUGCGAAUUCGCAGACGCAAAGCCAACAAAAUGCACAAGAGAGAGAUGGGCGUGUAGAAGCAAGUCAAGAAUGGGUAUUAUUCUCGCCAGCUGCGCCAAGUUUUACAGAGGGUACUUAUACAGCUAGUACGGGGAGAACGAGAGGAACGCGCACAGCUGGUCAUUCAAGGAUUAGCGAUUUUGGAAGUUUAGAAACUGCGGCAAGGAGUUAUGGAAUUUAUGAUGAUCAUGAUGUGGAUGAGGAUGUGGAUGCGCAAACAGAGGAUGAUAAUGAGGAUGCCGAAUUGGAUUCCUUGGAUAGUCAUUUACAUGAAUUUCGAACGGAUCCCAGUGUUUAUGGGGAUAGGGAAGACGAAGAGGGACCUGUUUUACCGAAACAUGAUGGUCUUGGGAGUUUUAGGGUAGACGGGAUAGGUGAGGAUGUUCAACAACAUUUAUAUUCAUUUGAGCAAUACAAUCCGAGGAGAGUGAAGAGGAGGAGAGAAAGUUUGGAAAUUGGAGAAAUGGCUUUGGAGAGUGAGAAAGCGGCGGAAAUGGAAAGGACGAGAAGGAUUGAAAUUUGGAGGCUGGAACAGAGCAGGGCUUUGGUAGAUGAGAUACAACGAGAGACUAGAAGAAGGAAACAAUCUAUGUCAAGUGAAAAGAGGAGUAUUGUUGUUGAAGAUAAGGAACAAGAGGAUUUGGUUACAUUGAAUAAUGUCGAAUCAGAACCAGCCCCAACGAUUACACGCGAAAAUGACAGUUUAUGGAAUAGACUCACUCGAAGAGUUAUACGAGAUUUAAUGGGUAUCGAUGAUGAUCUCCUGUCAAUUAUUUUCGGCGAAUCUCUGCCAAUGGAUGAAGAACUAUCAAAAGCAUCAGGAAGAGCCAUACCUAUUCCCGCUACUCAACCUGAUGAGAGUUCCUGGGAAUAUAGACUGCUUGAACGAAUAGCUCGCGAAUUGGGAUUGUUGGUCAAUCAACUCUCAGAUCAUCCUAGUGCUUUUACAACAUAUCUUCAAUCUCAGCAGACACCCCUUCCUUAUGCAGGUUUACCCGUCAUCCCAGAAUCAGCAUCUAGUAGCAACUCAAAUAUGGCUACGGGUAUUCCUUUACCGGAUCUGGAAUUGGAACGAGAACAAGAAGAACAUCUCGGCUCAACUUUAAAUACCGAUGACGAACUAGAAUUCCAUCCCACAAUUCCUCGACCAAUAUCGAUCCCGAACCAAAGUAAAGCAGAAGAAUUAGAGGAUUCGACACCAAGGCAAUCCUAUAGUGCUCCUAUUACAAGAGAAGAAUGGGAGAGGGAUUUGGAUAUUAAAAUGGUCUUUCGUUACUUGAAAAGUAGGUUUACGAGUCGAAGCGAUAAUGUACCUACUCCAACUGCUUCGAGUUCUGGUUCAGUAUUAUCGAAAAGUACGAGAGAAAACUUGGCUGUGGAAAACACACCAGAUUCAUUGGCAAGAGUGGCGAGAGUUAGGGCUCAUCAUCCACUUGUUAAUCUCAAGGCGAAUAAUGGAGGAGUGAGAAAGAGAGGGGUUGUGGGAAGAAGAGGAUCAAGUGAGAGUGGAGUAGGUCUAGGGUUAGGUGGAUUGGGGAAAGGGAUAGGAUUGGGAAGUGGAGGGGUACCGAUUGGUGGAACACUUAAGAGUUUGAGAAUUGGAAGUGGAAGCUCGAGACAUUAUUGGGAUAUUGGAGGGAGUUUAGGAGGAAGCAGUACAAGGGGAAGUGUAGUUGUAGGGGGUGGAGGUGGUCCGGGAAUGGGUGCUUGGGGGGAAGUUUGA